ACAGAGGUCCCUGAAGCAUCUCAGCCGUCCACGCGUCAGUCACAUCGGGCGGUCGGGAACCAACGCCAAUCACGACCAACGGACCGUUGGCGAGAGGAUAGAGCCGGCGACGUCACCCCUUAUGCCGAGCGAGUGGGACCCGCAUGUCAGUGAGCGGGUCAUGAGUGGGUGCGGAGUGUGUUUGUGGACUCGAAGCAGGAUACAGCCGCGCCGCUUAAAUCGGACUUAUUCAUCCGUGACGUCCGCGAGAUUUCUCUUUCUCCCGGUUCUCUCUCUCAUUUUGUUGCGUGGCGUCUGGAUGUCUUCUCUUUUUUCCCCACCAGAAACAAGAAUUUUCUCUUAAUUUCAUCGGAUUUUUCAUUUUCGGAUUGCGUCGAUCUCGACUUAUUGCAGGUACUGUUGUUCUUCCAGGAUAUUUUAGUUGAAGAUUUAUCAUAAGCUGAUGAUUAUGUAUGAUCAAGAUCCUGAUAUUCUUCGUUGGGGUCUUGACAUUCUUCAUGUUGAACCAUAUCCCAAUACCAGCUACUGUGGGUCAACUGCUCAAAAUGAUGCCCACUUCUAUGAUUUGGGUUAUACAAGAGAAGGUAAUUUUGGUACAGACCAUAUUUGUGUAGAGAAUGAUGAGAUUAUCGCACAUGCUCUUCAGGAAGAAUUUUCGCAACUUGCUGUUGCAGAAGCUACUUGUCCUUCACAUGCAGGUGAAGAACAUUCCCAAGCAUCUGUUCUUACACAAGACUGGUUCAUUCCACCAAUGAGUGAUUUCUAUCCAGCCAGUGAGCGUGUUCGGGUGGAAGGCGAUGUGGACUCCUCUAGUUCAUGUUCAACGUUAGGUGAAAUACCAUAUGAAUUGGAGGAGUUUGAACUUUAUGAUGACUCCUCUGCUCUAGAAGGUGAAUUAGGCAAAAGAUUGAAUCAGAUGGUCUCUAUUCCUCAUGUUCCACGAAUCAAUGGAGAAAUUCCAUCUGUGGAUGAAGCUACGUCAGAUCAUCAGAGGCUUCUUGACAGAUUACAGUUAUAUGAGCUGGUCGAGCUUAAGGUUCAAGGAGAUGGUAACUGUCAGUUCCGAGCUCUAUCUGAUCAAUUUUACCGUACUCCUGAACACCACAAGUUCGUGCGGCAGCAGGUUAUCAAUCAGCUUAAAUCUCACCCAGAGAACUAUGAGGGAUAUGUCCCCAUGGCUUACGGUGACUAUCUGAAAAAGCUGUCAAAGAGUGGGGAAUGGGGCGAUCAUGUUACUCUACAGGCUGCUGCAGAUUCUUAUGGUGUUAAGAUAUUUGUCAUUACAUCUUUCAAGGAUACUUGUUACAUUGAGAUUCUGCCCAGUGAACAAAGGUCCAAGCGAGUUAUUUUCUUGAGCUUUUGGGCUGAGGUGCACUACAACUCAAUUUACCCUGAAGGAGACAUGCCAACCUCGGAAACGAAGAAGAAAAGGUGGUGGCACUUUGGAAACAAGUACUAGAGUUUGGCUUUGUGCACGUAAUACAGCUGCUUAUUCAACUCAUGUUAUUUCUAGGGGAGGAUCUCGCAGAGCAUGGCUUUAACUUCCCAGAGGAGAUUUCACAUAGCAGCAAUUAUUUCUGUUGUUAGAUAUAAAAUGAGGGGAGCCGCCCAUUGAUAGACUUUCAAGUGUUAUAAUCUAUAUCGCAUGAACAUGACGCCGACAAAAUCAAAUUGUAUUUAUGGGCAAUCUCUGCAUGGCUUGCUGGCUUCCUGGAUUGCCAUUUCUCCAUGCACGGAUCCUGAGAUAGACUCGCAAGUAUUAACGCCUUUGGUUAAUUCAUACCCAUAUGUCAUCUUGUAUUUUGCAGUCAGCGUAAGAACAUAGAAAAUCUGCUGAAUAAUUCCUUUCAAAUGAAUAAUAUUUGCAACAAAGUAAUAGCUGCUUACUGCUUGCUUGUUAAUGAUGAACAGUUGAGCAGCGCCCAAUCAGAAAAGAAUGUAUGUUUUUUUUUCUCUCUGAAUGAUUAUCACGGGGGAGUGUGUUUUAUAA